ACUACUAAUAAUAUAUAUUGUAUCUGUGAAUAUUAAACCAAACAUUUACAGAAUCACAGAUGAGUUACUAAUAUUAACAAUAAGUGUUUCUUUUUCUACGGAGUUUAAAAAAUAAAUGCGAAAUUUUCUUCAUUAAACUGAUAUUUGUCUUAAAAAGUCAAAAGAGCAUUGUCGAAAUGGCUAGUAAUAAUUUAAAUCCACUAGAAGGUACUGCUCAUCUGCUCGAUGAACUGGAUAAAAAACUGAUGGUUUUGCUGCGAGAUGGGAGGACAUUAAUUGGCUAUUUGCGAUGUGUAGACCAAUUUGCCAAUUUAGUUCUUCACAAAACUAUUGAGAGAAUUCAUGUUGGAAAGGAGUAUGGAGAUAUACCCAGAGGAAUAUUCAUAGUGAGAGGUGAAAAUGUAGUUUUAUUGGGAGAAAUAGACAAGGAUAAAGAAGACAAUCUACCACUUACAGAGGUGUCUGUUGAUGAUAUAUUAGAUGCCCAACGACGGGAACAAGAUGCCAAAAUUGAGCAACAAAAAAUUUUAUCAAAGGCUUUAAAGGAACGAGGACUUAAUUUAUUAGCAGACUUGGGACACGAUGACAUGUUCUAACAAAAACUAUAUCAAAACUUGUUACUGAUUACGGUUUAAGCAAAAACUUUUAUAUUA